AGGAGGUUGGACUGCCAAUUAAUCUCAAGAUUCUCAACUCAAACAGCCUAAAUUCAAUUCACCUAUCUGCAUACUCCCAAGUCGUCAAAGCACUGAAUUGUUCCUCAGCGCUCUCGCUACUAAAAAGAGUUGCACAAUUCCGAUCGACCAAAGUCUUCAGACGAUCUCAUUGCUCGAAAAUGGCUCAAUCAGCAAAACCGAUCUCGAGCCCGGUUCCUGAGUCGUUGUAUCCAACCCUAGCGUUGUUCAUGCUUGCAGUUGGUCUCGUGGUAACGGCGUCGUUUUUCAUCUAUGAGGCUACUUCUUCAAGAAAGAAUCGCAGUCUUGCAAAGGAGCUUACAUCUGGUGCCGUAGCGUCCGUUUUCUUGGGUUUCGGAUCUUUGUUCCUGCUACUUGCUUCGGGCGUAUAUGUUUGAUAUCUGUACGUGGAUAGAUGAGAUUUGUACCACAGGUUUUACAUGAAUUGUGUUUUUAAUAUUGAAUUAGAACUCACAUCAGUUAUAGCUGAAGAAAGCACCUAUAGAGUGGUGGCAUAUUAACUGUAGUAUUGAACUGCGUAAUAUGGAUGUCUCUUUUGAGCAUUAAAGAAUUUGUUGAAGUGGAGGCUAAGAGGAUUUAUUUCGUUC